AUGGAGCUUUUUGUGGGUCGGUUGUUCGUUCUCGAACUGGCUCUCAUUCUCUCAUUUGGCUAUGGCAGUGUGCUGAUUGGGGGAAACGUUAGCAUACAGCAACUGAUCGAUCAGAUUAUCGAAGAUGAAGUGGAAAAGCUGGACAUUGACACGGAGCACUGUAAGAUGCCGCAGCUGAGGGUUCUCUCAUCGGAGAUACUUCGAUUGCGCUCCAGACACCGGCACCGCACCACAGAAAGUUGCACAGCGAAGCGUCCUCGUCUGGUUGGGUCCCAAUGGAACUCGCGCCGCCACCAAUAUCAGCUAAGAAUUCAGCAGCAAGUGGCAGCUCAAUUAUUGGGUGACGAAAGGCCAAUCGUCGAGUGCUCUUACAGGGCCAUUGAAGAACGGCCCGACAACCAUGUCAGACUGCGGCAACCAGUGACGUUCAAGGACCUGCACUUGGUGCCCAAGGAUGUGCAGAGCAUGCUGCUGCAGUGUGACUUGGGGGCUAAUCAAACUUACGCCAUGCACACCCGGCGGGUGUCCGAGGGUUUGGCGUUUGUACAGCCCAAAGAGGAGGCGCCACGGAUGGGCCAGCGGCAGCCCAGUGUCCUUGUGCUGGGCAUUGACUCCAUGUCGCGCGGCAAUCUGCGGCGAGUCCUGCCCCAGGUGAGCGACUUUCUCGGUGGCAGGCAUUGGCACGAGAUGCGCGGAUUCAACGCGGUGGGCGACAGCAAUCUGACUGACUGUCUGGACCGUUUGCCGCUCGUGUGGAAGGACUUUAAAUUUGCCGGCUACGUGACUGCAAUAUCCGCGGACAGUCCAGAGAUCGCCCAGUGCCAGAGGCCACCGGUGGACCACUAUCUGCCGCCUCUGCCCAUGCUUAAGCCCAAGCCCAGGACCUGUCAAAGGAAGCGACUCAGCAUGGAACAUACCCUGGACUACUGCACGCAGCUGAUCGAGCGAUAUGUGAGGGGUGUGCAGCCCUUCUUUGGCCUCUUCUGGACGAAUCUUUUUCGGUCCGAUGGCCAUGCCGAACCGUCGGACAACGAUGAGCUGCUGCAUGACUAUCUAAAGAGAUUCGAUGCAUUGGGACUCUACGACCAGGCAAUUGUGGUGCUGCUCAGCGACCAUGGCAUGCAGUUUGGCGAGCUGCUUCACCUGCCCGAUGGCCAGCUGGAGGAACGUCAGCCCAUGUUGUUCGUGUCACUGCCAAAAUGGUUUCGCCAGCGCCAUCCGAAGUUUGCCCAUGCCUUGCAGUUGAAUAGCCAUCGCUUGUGCUCUCCCCACGAUCUCCAGCAGACUCUGAAACAUAUAGCCUCGCUGCAGGUCGCGCACGAGUCUCCGCCGUCGUGUCCUCGCUGUCAGAGUCUGCUUUACGCUCUGCCAAAGGAUCGAACCUGCUCCGAUGCGGGCAUCGGGCCACAUUGGUGCACCUGCGAGGCGUACAAAGUGCUGCCCCUCAGCGACCGUAUCCAGACCAUGGCACACUUUGUGGUUCAGCGAAUCAAUCAGUUUCUAACCGAUCUCAGGCUACUGAAUCGGUGUAGUAAGCUCCGUUUGUCGGGCAUUCGAAGGGCCCAGAAAAAGGAAAGAUCCCCGCAUGAUGAUCCCAGUGUGUGCUACUAUCGGAUACAACUGGAGGCCCUGCCCAAUAGGCUGGUGUUUGAGGCCACCGUCAGCUACAACGAGCUGACGCAUCUGAUGGACACCGACAUGAUGGAGAUCAGUAGACAGAACGCCUUCGAUGGGGAUGCCAGUUGCAUCAGGCACAGAAAGGUGCAGAGAUUUUGUGUAUGCCACGACAGGAUAACUGCUAAUUAG